AUGCAUAUUUUUAUAGAUGAUAUAGUAAGUGCUCAGCUACACAAUCCGUUAUCACAUUAUGUCGAGGGACGUCUCGGUAACAGAAAAAUUUGGUGGUGUCCAUCAGGAUAUGGAUAUUUAGCCUAUUGUCCACAACCAACAGACUGGGAUAGCUACAAUUGGUGUUGUACUUGGCCAUAUUUAGGCUCGUGGAAACCAUCCUGCUGUCCAUUUGCUGUUCCAACCGGCGCAUUAAUCGCUAUAAUUAUUGCUUCCAUUGUUUUGGUUGCUUUACUGAUUUUUCUGUCCUGUUGGUGUUGUUUCUGCUGUCCACUGUACAAACAACUCUAUGAUACCGAUGAGAAAGAUUAUGAUGCAAGGCGUUGA